GCGCGGCGGGCGGGGGCCGCGAGAGGCCCGGCCCGCCCUGCCCUGCCCCGGACAGCGGCGGCGCCGGCAGCGCCGGGGUGAGUCACUGCUUGGAAAUGGAGGGGGCGGGCGUGCGUGUAGCAGAAUGAAUGAUGUCAGGGUGCACCGCGGCGAGCAUGAGGCUCGUAGCAAACGCGGCGGUGGCCGCAGCCCCGAACGAGCACUGCCUCCGGCGCCCCCGGCCCGGAGCCGCCCUCCAGCGGGAGAGCCCUUCCAGCUGCGGCACUGCUGAGGCAGGAAACCUCUGCCAGAAGUGUCGCCUCCGCCGACGCCCUUAAAGCCGGUCCCUUUCGCCAGGAAGGAGAAGAGGCUGUGGCUGGGAGAGGAGCAAAUUGCAGGGGAAGGUAGAGAUUGUGGCAAACUUUCUAGCUGCUUCUGCGUACUGCUACCUCACUGGUGGGAGUGUCUGUCCAUAAGGAACUGCAGAGCCCGAACCUAAGAGCCCUGAGGCUCCAAAAAAGACUUCCAGCCGCCUUUGGAGGAGGAACUGCCAGCAGUGCAAGCUUUUGCACAUACGGCCGAGUAGAUGAUUCAACUGUAGAAGAAAGAUUUGUCUUCACAAAUUCCUUUGAAAGCAGAAUGGAUGCAUUUUAGAGUUCUACAGAAGUCAUCUAGGGACAAGAACAUUGGACUUUGAGGAAUAACAGAGAGCCCAGAAAUUGGUCACUAAUAAAGCUUCUUCGGCCAUACAGCUUGGAAAUGAAUACCAUUGAGACAGCAAAGCUUGAGGAGCAUAUGGAGGGUCAGCCAAGUGAGACUUCUAAUGGCUACUCACGAUCAACUCUCUCAGUCAGUGAAGAAAACAAAAGUGGCACUAGCAAACCAAAGGGCUUGUCUAACGGCUUGCGAAAAACAGCAAAGAAGUAUCCUGACUAUGUCCAAAUUGCUAUGCCUGCUGAAUCUAGGAACAAAUUCCCUCUGGAAUGGUGGAAAACAGGCAUUGCCUUUGUCUAUGCUCUCUUCAACUUGAUUUUAACAACUGUCAUGAUCACUGUGGUCCAUGAGAGAGUACCUCCAAAGGAGCUAAGCCCUCCCUUGCCUGACAAAUUUUUUGAUUACAUUGAUCGUGUGCAAUGGGCUUUUUCUGUAUCAGAAAUAAAUGGGAUGAUACUACUUGGAUUAUGGAUAUUCCAGUGGUUGUUUCUUAGAUACAAAUCAAUAGUGGGACGCAGGUUCUUCUUUAUAAUAGGAACUUUGUAUCUGUACCGCUGUAUUACCAUGUACGUUACCACCUUACCUGUGCCUGGAAUGCAUUUUCAGUGUGCACCAAAGUUGAACGGAGACUCUCAGGCAAAGGUUCAGAGGAUCCUGCGACUGAUUUCUGGUGGUGGUCUAUCCAUAACUGGAUCACACAUCCUGUGUGGAGACUUCCUGUUUAGUGGACACACUGUAGUAUUAACACUGGUCUAUCUGUUCAUCAAAGAGUAUUCACCACGUCAUUUCUGGUGGUAUCACUUAAUCUGCUGGCUGAUGAGUGCUGCUGGCAUCAUUUGCAUCCUGGUUGCUCAUGAACACUAUACUGUAGAUGUCAUCAUUGCCUACUAUAUCACUACGCGGCUCUUCUGGUGGUACCACUCAAUGGCUAAUGAAAAGACGUUAAAGGUGUCUUCACAGACGAAUUUUCUCUCUCGAGCAUGGUGGUAUCCAAUAUUUUAUUUCUUCGAGAAGAAUGUGCAAGGCUCUGUUCCUUGCAGUUUUUCAUGGCCGAUAUCUUGGCCUCCCAGCUGCUUCAAAUCUUCAUGCAAAAAGUAUUCACGCGUUCAGAAGACAGGAGAAGACAAUGAAAAAUCUACCUGAAGAAAAGAAGGAAAGCAUCUGCUCUGUUUUUUUUCAUUUUUGAUUUUUUUACCAAAACAUUAAUGCUGUAACCAAAGCUCCCUAAGAAGACUGUAACAGAAGAAAUGGACCAAGCUUCUGUGCAAUUGAUGGAUAGACAAUUGUAGACACAUAUAUUGCAUUUCAAAUGUUUUCCUCUUGUCAGGCUGUUCAGAGCUAUUCUACUCUUCAGUGCUAAUGAAAUGCACCACUGAUGGACUUUUUUAUUAAAGAAAAAUUGGAGCAGGACUUUGCUGUAUUAAGGAGAUAGAGGUGCCAAAGACCACAGUAACACUUUCAUUACUGUCACUCAUCCACAGAAGCAUCCAAAAGUCUCAUCUUCAGAGCUCUGGAGUGCGUAAGGGCAAAAACAUGCGAAAAUGUAAAGGCAUGAUAUUGGCGUAUUGAGGUGUAUAAAAAAAUAACACAACUGUGGGAAGUAGUUUGUUGCAUUAUUUUUGCUAAUGAAGGUAAGGCCUUUGUGUGACUGGUACAGCUGGAAGUGAGUCUGACUUUUUUACGCAGUGCGGGUAUGAAUAUCUUAUGACCCGAAAAUACUACUUAACACCAUUAACUCCCAUGUAUCCUACUAUAGACCAGUUUUUACAUUUUUAUUAGUAAUUUUAUAUUUAAACAGUUGUGCUACCUGAUGAACUUGCAAAUUAGAUGUAGCUGCUAACAUCAGAGCUCAAGGAGCCUAAAAUUUUAUCUUUAAUAAGGGACAUAGUUUCAACAUCUAAAUAUUGAAUUGCAGCUGUCCUUGUGUAUAUAGAUAUACAGUGCCUGUCAGUGUAUGUAGAUGCAUAUAUACACAAAAGCACACACCUUAAACAAAAUGAUUUACUGGCAAGAGUGAUCACAGAGUUCUUGAUGCAGGCAAAAGUCAUACAGCUCUCACCUGCUUAAAGAAUGCAAGGCCAGGUCCAGAAUGGGGCUACAUUUGAAAUAAAUUUUAAUUUUAGUAGCAAUCUCUUGCUGAAGCUGUGUAGCAGGUUUGCUUGGGAGCCAUAAUUCUCCAAUGAAUUUCGUUUUUUUUCUUUUACCUCUUGACACGUGUUUCUGUGACUGACUUAAAAAAAACUCCAAAAAAACAAAGAAGUGCUAAGGUGAAAUAUCUACAACAUCAUUUCUUCAAUUACAACCUCAAAUAAUUUCAUAUUAAAUUACACUGUUGUAGAACUUGAAUGUAGAUUCCCUUUUUUCCCAAGGGUUUCAGUCCAGCUAAAAUGGCUAUUUAAAUAAGUUGCCUGAGAAUAGGGGAUAUUACCAUGGGGUGAACAUGUAACAAAACCACAGAUUAACAGCUACCUGUUUCUUGUUGGUUUAUGUUGUUUGUAUUGUUGUGAAAGUAAAGUAGAAAAUUAGCACACCGUGUUUAGCCAUUUAUAUUCUGUAUUAAUUUCUGUAGUUAACUCAAUAUUAUUUUCAGAUCUUCACUAAAACCUAAUGAAAAGAUAGAACUGCAUUAAGUGUUGAGGUGAUACUAAUAUAAACAAAAUGCUGCAUAUUUUAAGAAUGUCUUGAACUGAGUGACAAGUGUGAACACAAUUUAAAUAAUGACAAUUUCAGUUAAAGUUAUAAAAUUAAAUACAGAGUAUUCAAAUAUAAUAAUAUUCAAUUAAGGGGAUCAUUGCUCUGAGUUGUACAUGAGAAUAUUUUUGAUGUGUGUUUCAAAUAUUUUGUGCAUUAUCAAAAUAAUACAAUAAAAAGUGUUCUUUCAAUACAUUUUUGGAAAAAGUUAAGAAAGAAAUUGUGCUGAUGUUUGGUUUUAUUAAUUAGAAUGAGCUUAGUAGACUCUGAUAAUAUGCCCCUGAAGUUGGGUGUAUAUGGGCAUAUCUGUGCUUUCAUUUGCUUGUGUCUAGCAGACCUUUAGCAGCUAAAAAGCCAAUACCAAAAAGCUCUUGAAUCCUUUUUCUGUAUCAUAUAAAUGAAUCUGUUCAACACCAGUCAGUAGAUCUCUCAAGGUACCUGUCAUAUGAGUACUACUUCACAAUCAUAAUUUUUUAAGGUAAAAUCUAAGCUUUGUGAUAUCUUAAAUGUGUUCAUGUUAAUCCACUGGUAGUAAUACUGUCUUUUAAGAGUUAUGAAUGGAUUUCAUUAGUGAUCACCGUGCCUUGAAAAUAGCAUGAUGAAAGGCAUUACCAAAGGAGCUUAAGCAGUGGUUUUCAUGUAGUGGCUGGAAAAUAAACACUUUGAUAGUCUAGAUAUCUAAUUGUCUGCAUAACCACCACCAUGCGUCCAUGGGGUUUCUGUAAUAGAUCAGCAAAGCAGAUCUUGGUGCAGGAUGAGGUGUUUGGGGUUUUUUACACUUAUUCCUGUUUCUGAAAGAAAAUUACGUGAAAGUGAUAAAAUAGAACCAAGAAAAGACUGCUUUUGUUGGGCUGUGUAAGCUUUCAUUCUACUGCUGAAUUUGAUAGAGACUUCUAUUGUAGUACGAAAGGAAAGUUUAAGUAACAGCUUUGGCUCAAAAGACUUGAUUUCUGUUCUGGCUCAGUAUUCCCUUAGGUGCUUAAUAUUUAUCCAUUGUCUGAAAGCUCUCAAAUGGGUAUGCAUGCAUUUGUUUAAUUAACAGAAAGCCCCAAUUCCAUACACUCUAGAUAGUUUUUAAUUGGUUUUACAAACUUGGAUGGUGUAGCUGUAUUUGACAACUCUUUAGACCUAUAUGCAAGGCGAUAACAAGGGGUAAGUAAUGGUAUAAUCUAGUUUUUACUGCUACAGUAGUUUAUCCAAUUCAAACCACAACUGCUACAUAAAAAUUACUAAUUUUAACAUCUUGAUCAUUGUAUACAAAUGUAUACAAAGCUUAAAGUAUAGUUUCAUUCUAAGAAGCAAGAGAUUGCAGUAGGUGAAAAGGAGAAACUUGGUCUUUGCUUAGGCCUACAACAACAUCAGUAUCUUAUUUGGUCUGUAUGUGCCCAAUACUUUGCGGUGCGUCACUAAUUUUUUUUUUCCUGGUUACAGUAAUAUUUCUUAGGUGUCACAUGAGCUGCCCCUUUACUCUGACUAUAACAUGCUCCUCUCAACUGAAGAGCAUUUACAUGUUGAACUUUACAGACACUUAGUAAAAAAUCCACUACUUUUGUACACCUGACCUGUUAGUAUGAUGUAAAUGUUAAUGGGCUUUCUUAAAAUGCCCAAUUUAAAUUUCAGUCUGGAUUUAAAAUGUUUACUUGAGCAUUUAAAGAAAUGUGCUACUAAGUGGUCAUGCUACAGAUGCUUCUAAUGCCAGAAAUUGUUAAUGUCUACUUGAAAGCACUGUAAAUGGACAGCUUUUUAGGUACGUGCUUAGCACUCUCAUGUGGACAUGAAUGGUACUGUUAGUCAUCCUCCUCUGGAUGGAAAGAUCGCCAGAGGUGGCGUAAUAGGCUGUGCUAAACAUUGCUAUAAAUCCUACGGCUGGAUUUGCUGCCCUCCUCAAAAAAAGUUGGGAGACAAUAAGACUAAAAAAAGUUUAAAAUGCGCUGCCUUCAUGUAAUGGAGAAAUAAAGCUCAGCAACAGAGACAGAACUGGGAAGUCUUAAAAGGCAUGCGAGACCAUUUUCUUAAUUGGAUUAUUGCAAAUCCACUUACCAGGGCCUUGAAUCAGAAUCUGGUCAAUCUCUGGCUUUCUCCUAUCAGUAGUAUCUGGCUAGACAGUUUAUCCUAAGUUGUUUGGUACUAACCUAAAUUCUUUUUCUCAUUUCAUUAGAUGGGAUUUACUGUUCUAGAGAGAGAAUCAUUAACUUCAGUGCAAGGUGAAGUCUUUCCAUUAACUUCACAUGAACUUUCCCAUAGCUCUUUGUUUUUUGUUUAUUUGUGGGGAUUUUUUUUCUUUGCUACUGGGGGUUUUGGUUUUUGGUGGAUUUGUGGUGGUGGUGUUGUUUUUAUGCAUAAACCUUGAAUCUUAAGGAUUCAUGGGGUGAUUUUGAAAAUAGGUCCAAGCUGCCAGAUGGACUGAAACCAUUUUGCUUUACUGGCAAAUCGAAUAGUUGUAAGAGCUCCAUUGUCAUCUUGAUAUUUUUACAAUAUCAAUACAAUUACAAUUACAAUAUUUUAAUACAUGGAAUAUACAUGUUUUGGACUUACCUAGAACUCUUAUACGGGCACACAAAAUUAGAGGGAUGCUGUAAGAUUGAACACUGCUGUAUUGAUGUGUUCUAUUCCAGGCAUUGUAAAAUCAAUGUCUUAAAUUCAGUUACUCAGAAUAGGGAUCUUAAAAAGUAAAUACUCCUGUUAGGCACCAUUCAAAUGAGUGUUGCUGCUUCAGUGCACAUGCAAAAAAUAUCCUAGCAUGCCCUUAAAAUAACUUUGCUUAUAAGUAAGCCUUCAUGUUUGACUUUAUGAUGCUUAGAAUCCAGAGAGAAGUGCUGUGAAACAGAGAAUAGAGACAAAGGCAUUUGUUGUAGUAUUUAUAAGGAAAAGGAAGGAAGAUGAAAACACUGAAGUAGAUGGCGAUCCUAUAUUGCUUUUUGCAUGAAACUGAGCUAACUUCUAAGAAGUGUAGAUUUAAAUUGUGUAAUAGUUCUGCAAAAAAUCCCCUAGACCUAUAAGGAAGCAUCAGUAUUAAGCACAUCAUUCUAUGGUACAGCUGUGUAUCUCUGCGGGCUCUCAUCCUAACUUACAAUAUAAAAACAAAAACCAACUCAGUGAAAGAUGCUUGGAGAUUAAAGUACUUAAUUAUUAGCAGUUUUUUAUAAGUUGUUCCUACAAGCUGUCUCUAAUGGAUUCUAAAACAAGAACAAAGAGCUGCAAUUCUUAAAACAUACUGAAGCUUUUUUCUAGUUGGCUUCAGUUUCCAUGGAUUUAACCAUAUGAUUAAAUUGUAUUAACCUAGAAAGCAGUACAUAAGAAUGUCAGGCUAGAUACAGGUAGCCCAUGUAGAGCAGAGAAACUCUCCAGGUCUGAACUCAUCUUUCCUAACUAAACGCUCAAUGCCUGAAUGAUGUUUAAAGAGGAAAGUAACAAUACUGUGCAGUUUCUAAUGCGUGUAGGAAAUACUAGUGUUGAGGAUUCCUUCUUUUUACUGUAAAUCAGUGAUUAAAAAACCACAAAGGUUUAACUUUUUCUCAGUGAAUUUUUUUUUUAAUUGUAAAGGAGUUCAGCAAAUUAACUAGCUGUUUGUUUUCUAUGACUGUUGGCUGUAUACUAACCUUUAAGAUGCAAACUAGGUAGGAGGAAAGGACAGACCACUUCUUACUGGGAGGAGCAAUGUGUGACUUUCUGAAUUCAAAUUAUAUUGGCUGCAUGUUACAUGCAGUCUUACCAGUACUACAGUUGAAAAAAGAUACUGUGUUAUGCUAUUAUAGCUAGUGUUUGCAGUUUUUAAAAUGGUCCUGUAGUGGUUGAUCCAGACCUGCUGCUAUAUGAGUAGUGAGUGUUUUUGUCUUUGCUUGCUGUCUGUAUGGUUAAACAUAACUGGGUUUAGUUCUGGUAAAUGUCAAUGGAAAAAUUGCAGAUCCCUUGGAUACAGUAUCUAAGGUGUUUUAAAGUGUCUGUGCAUGGGUUUCUUCUAGGAGAAAUAGUCUUCUUUCAAGCUGUGCCUUAAUAAUAAUAAUGUCAGCUCUUGACUUUUCUCUCAGCAUAAUAUGGUCUUUAGGAGAUUGGCAUUUGUGACACUGCAAAGAACUACUACAGAAGAAUCUCCUUUGUCCCAAUUGAGAUAAUUUUUACAAGGUAUCUUCGCUGAAAUAUGUUUGAAGAUGACUUUGGGUAGUGGUUUUUUGUGGGGUUUUUUUGGGGUUUUUUUUUGGUUUUUUUGUGUGUGUGUUGUUGUUGUUUUGCUGGUUUUUUGUUUGUUUUGUUUUGGUUGUUUGUUUUGUUAAUUAAGAGAAAAAGUCUUCAGAAAUUAGUCUGAAAUAAAAGCAUCUUGAGCAGUUUGGACCAGACACCAUGCAGGCACAUGGGUGUGGAAAGGGUUUUCUCUGGCAUAAGCAAUAUUGGAUUCAGUACCACAGCAGCUUCCCUAGGAAGGCAAACAAAGUUGUACCGUAGAGGUGGCUGUGAGCUGUCUUUACCUGUCUUUUUGAGCUUCUUUUGGACUAGCAGUGCAGUACAAAAGGUGGUAAUAACUAAAAAGGGAAGGUCACUUACUAAUCAGAACUAUGAAUGGGGCUGAAAAUCUCUGUAAAACCAAUCAUCAGUUGCAUUCCAAUUCAACUGAAUAUACAAUUGGGUGUUACUUUAGGUGUGUGAGUUGCAUUUGAGUGGGACUGUUUGCUUUCCAAAUUAUUUUUUUCUCAUUAAAGAUGGCAAGUGUUCUGAGGAUACCAAGAGGAAACUUAUUUCCCUGCUUACUUUUACCCCUAGCAUUGAAGGGUUUGUGUAUGUACCUUAAAAAAUUUUACAGAACACCAACCCCUCUUACAUCUUGAGUGACUUAGCUGUGCUUUGUUACUUCUGUAAAAACUGGGUUUGCAUUCCACUUUUUCAGUUUGUUGCCACUCAAAAUGCUGCUUAUGCUGAAGCCUGUGCUGGUUCAGACUCCUGUGUAACUACAUCUGCUUCUAUCAAUUGUCUUUUAAAUGGCUUAAUACAGAAGAGUGAGAUUUAAAUUUGAGAAGGCCUCAUAAUUAACCCUAAAGCCAAAAGGCAUUCUUGCCAGACAUGUCCUUGCACAAUUAGUACAUGAAAAUAAUUUCAAGUUUCAAAACCUAACGUGCUAGGACAUACUUCUUUUCCCUCAGGAAUCAAUUCUUCAUUCUUAAAUGUUUGGCACAUUUGUUUGUAUUUAUUUUUGUGAUUUAGGAGAGCAUGUGUGAGAUGUAAAAAAGGUUCUGGUAGCUUCUGAGGUCAGGGUUAUACCAAGGAAACUGAAGUGAAAGCAGAAAUAAUGGUUUGGUGGCUGUGGUUCUCAUACUUCCCAUGUGACUUUGAAAACUCUCAAGACUUUCCUAAAAACAGAACAGGACCUGACUUUGGCUGCAGCUUUUCUUGCAUAACUUCUAGUUUGGAUCCUGUGUAUCCAUAGCUCUGUAUGUCAGUUGGAGCUGGAGUUUUUCCAACCUUAGAAAAACUAGGCAAGAAGAGAACUGGGCUGCUAAGGGAACCCUACAUGGUCAAAUAAGAAUACUGUAAUACGUGCAUGAUAAGGAGCUGAUAAGAUGGCAUUGUUCGGUAGCUUUAGGGUCCAAUUCUGCAAAUAUCAUGCAGCAGACUAUUACAAAUUGAGAAACCUUUGGUGCUGUAGUUUCUACUGAUCUUUGCAAACUGGGUGUUAUUUUCAUAUAAAUUCUUCACAAUUAGCAAGAGUUGGUUUUUUCAUUGUAAAACUUUCAGGAUAACCCUUUAUAGCUGAUACUUUGUUAGGUAACUGAGUGUUAUGGUUUGCUAUAUACGAACAAGAGAUACUAGAGCUAGAGUUGUGAUUUGUGCAUGGGUUCACUGUUCAUCUGUUCACUGUGUUAAAAAAACCCAAACCAAAACCAACUAUUGCACUAGCUGUACUUUAAAAAAGCAAUAACAGGAGCGUCUUGUAGCUUUUCUCUCCAGAGGUGCUGUCUGUCAUGAUCACUUCACUGCCAACUGUGAAUUUGGUAAAAAAAACAUGUUAAAGAAAUUUUCCUGUGUGAUUUACUUGGCACAUUCAAGUUGAAAUUUUUUAUGGUCAGCCUGUGUACUAAUGAAUACAGCUGGACUCUUUAGAUAACCACCCACAUCUUAAAAAAUCAAAAACCUUAUAUCGAUUUAUGGUGCUAAUAAUCUGAAAUAUUAUAAAGAGCUGGUAUUCUCUUAUUACACAUGAACACUAAGGAAAGCUGUUGUGACACCUUUUCAGUAAAACAAUUUCUCUACAUUUUAAGCCUGUUCCAAAUGCUUUUUAUAUAAAUACAACAGAUUUCUCUUUCUGUUUUGUAUGAAAACUGCAAAAAAAUAAUAUUUUAAUACAGGAAGACAUUAGGAGUCUAAAUUGUUCUAAAUUACAUGUCCAAUUCUAAAUUUUCCUACAUUUUAUGAUAACUAAUCCUCUGAGGCUCAGUGCAAAAUGUAAGAAUUGUAUUAGGUAGGAUUAAGGGACAGGCUACUAGUUUAAAGAAAAUAAUUCUCUGGCUUGAUCAUCACUGUUGAAGCCUUGGAGGCAGAGGGAGAGGAUGUGAAAUGGACAAAGCUGUAUUAGUAGGAGGACACUGAUUAUGCAGUGUAGAUUUGUAUUUUGCUGAAACUUUAAAAAAGCCCAAACAACUUGCGAUGGACAUGACCAUGUAACUAUCUGAAGAACAGAAGUGAAACAAAAUUGUCAAGGCAGUUCACAGCAGGGCAUUAUAAAAACACAUGAAUGAACUUUAAACUAGAUUGUUUAGAUUGUGAAACAACAAAGUAAUUUUCUAACUUUGUUUGAAAGCUUCACAAGCAAAUUUUUAAGAUGAAAAACUAUCUUGUGCCUUCUGUUGCAGAAGCUGUUGUUGCCUUCCCCCUGCCUUUGGUUGUGAUUUUAUUGUAUAUAAUGGACAGCGUGCUUUCUCUCUCUGAGAGGUAUUUUUGGGCAGCAGUACCUACACUUUCUGUCCUCAGAGAAUAUUGAGCCUUUAGUUCUUACUAAAGGCUCCUUAUGUGUGAGCUUACAGUUGUGAAAUUAUCUGCCUGUGACAAGUAUGGUAAUCCUGCUAUAGUCAGCUCUUAAAUGAGCAUAAUGCCCUUAAUUCAUCUGGACACGUGGAUGUGCAGAGCAAGUGCCAUGUCCAGGUGCACUGGUGGCACUGCAGCACACUCCUCUGCUUUGAAGUUGUUGUACCCUAAAUUGCCAUCCUUCGUAUACUAGAAUUUAUAUUCUCUUAAAUCACUUCCUCCUAGUACACUUCAAGAAGAAAAUGGGUCUCUAAGAUCUAUUUGAUGAAACUUCUAUGUCAGUGCAAGUCCAUCUUUAGAGUAACUUAAUUUAAAGCAGCAACAAACUCACCAUCUAGGAUAAAAACAGGGCUGGGUGGGGUUUUUGUUGCGUGAACGUGGGUACUCUAGUAACAACAGUCUGGAUUGUCUUCCCGCUUGUCUCAAUGCCUGCUUUACUAGUAGGACACUUGAAAAAGCCAAAGAUUGAACAAAGUAAUCUGUAAUAGUCCUAAGCCACAUUGGAAUAUAAUUUCCCUAUCUUAGUUACUAGAUGCUUCAGAGAAAAUAGACUGUAUUUUUUUUUUAAUUUAUAAAAAAAGAGUGCAAUACCUACAGAAAUAGUAAGGGGCAAACGGCUGCAUGUUUCAAUGCCUUGCAAAACCAAAACAUUUGCGAGCCUGUGACAUGCACUUGACCAAAAGCAGUUAUUUUUAGCUUUAACUGCUGCUGUGUUACAGAAAUGUGUUUCAGGGCACUAGUGUAACUCAGAACUUUCAGAACUUUUGACCAGGAGAGUGUUUUAAAUGAAUAAAGUGCAUGUGGAAAUAAAAGUUGCCUGCACACUCAAAGCAUAUAAAACAAUAGCCCAUCAUACUUGAAGAGCAUGGGUGCUAAUUCAGCAGCUGCAGAGACCAGCUUUUCAACAGCCCUAAGCAUUGAUAGGAUUUAAAGAUUAAGUUUGAGAGAAGAAUAUUAUGUUGCUUUUGAGAGUUUACUGUGUUAAUUAGACUUCUGAUGCUUCUGCUUGGGCCUUAACUCUGUAACCUGAUUAUCUUUAAAGAAAAAUUACUUUCCUUGAACUAUUCUGUUUUUAAAUUCUUGUUUUCUAGAUAUGAUAGUCUUUACUCUGGUGGGGAUAUUUGUUUGCCUGUUACAUGGAGCUAUUUUUUGACCUGUUAAAAAUUGAGUCAUCAAAUGCUUUGAUUCCUCAGUUAGGAGUAAAAGAGUUUGAAGAAUGGUUUUUCCUUAAGUGCAGUAUUAAAGGAUUGUGAUUUUUCUUACACUGAUGCCAGGACUGAAGAGGAAGGAUUUCCAUGGAAAGUACUACAGUGCUAAAACUUGUACAUGUAGUUAUUUGGGGUGUACAGAAUAUGAGUAAAGUACCUGGAUAUGUUUUGCUGUUAAUUCCAUGCUUUAAAAAGAGGCUAUUUGGUUCUAAUUUAAAUUGGAGAAACUGAUUUUAAUGUUGCCACAAUUAUUUUAACUUGAAACAUCCACUUAUGUACUGGUAUGUUAGAGUAAAAGUUACAUUCUAUCACUUAAAAUUUUGAAAUUAAUCUCAUUUUUAUAAAAAUUAAUGUGCAAUUUAAUCUCUGGACACCCUAGAAUUGGCCAUAUCCCACUGAAACGAAUCUUUCAACUGCAUACAUAGGGAAGGAAGGCUUUUUUAAAAUCAAGUUCAGCUUCUUGACUAGACUGAGAAGGAAGUGAGGCUAGAUUACUCUUGUACAAAGAAAACAGGCAAAACCAGUAAUGUGUUUCAGCUGUGCUGAAUACCUGAGCUGCUUAUUUUCACAAUUUACAAAACUUAAACUUUUCUGGAGAUUCAGAUUUAAAAUGUCUUUGGUUCAGCUAAAUUUUCACCUGUUUUUACAUAUUUUUUCUAAUAGAUGCAUUUUAUUGGUAUACAUUGUAAUUAGCCGCUGAAUUUCUGCCAAAUAUGGACAAAAUAAAAGCUGUGUUCUGUUCUGCCAGUUUAAAUCUAUUGUUAGUUUUUCUCUUUUGUCUAAUCCAUGGCUGGUAAAAUGUCCACUUGCUGUUUAGAUUAAAGAGAGAGUUGCCUUAAUUGCUAAGAGGAAAACUGACCUCGACAAUUUAAAGCUUUUAUGUAUUUCUGAAAUUGCUGUAACUUCUGUAUAAUUGCAAUAAAAACUUUUUAAUACAGUUCAGCCACUA